UUGACGUGUCCUCUCGCAGACAGUGAGGGAAGUUUCCGAUCUUGAAAUGUCUCUAUAGUUUGAAACCUUGGAAACAGGCGACAUCAUGUCUUCACUUUAGUGUUAUGUAGUGUUAGGAGUCAUGUCCCUGCUGCAGAGUGUCUGCGGGUCAACAUGCAGUGGAGAAGACACAUCACUGGCCUCGCUUUUAGUAUCGUUUUCGUUGUAUCAUAUUUCACUAAUAAGUUUGUCCUGUCAGUGUUAAAAUUCACUUAUCCGACCUUAUUUCAAGGAUGGCAGACAUUAAUCGGGGCUGUCCUGCUUCUACUCUCUGGGAAGUUUGGAUGGGUGGAAAUGAGCCGCAUCACCAGAUCAGCAGCUCUUUCCUGGCUUCCAGGCUCCCUCCUGUUUGUGGGGAACAUAUACGCUGGUUCCAGGGCCUUAUCGCGCAUAGACAUUCCUUUUUUCUUCACUCUUCAGAAUUCCUCUCAUGUUGUCAGUUACAUAAUCUCGAAGGUCGUCCAUAGAGAGAAGAUGCAAUGGCUGAAAGUGAUCAGCAUAGCCCUCAUGCUGUUCUCAGCCAUCAACCUCCCCGUCCAUGAUCCUCAGUUUGACUACAGUGGUUACCUGUGGGCUGUUGGUCAUCUGCUCUGUGUCGGUGCAUACAGGGUGUUUCAAGUUCACUACAAAUCCAGUAAUUUGAGUGACCUGGAGCAACAGUGCAUCAACUACUUGUUCAGUGUCCUGCUGCUGGCCAUUGCCGCUCACCCAACAGGUGACCUCAUGGGUGCCAUGGAGUUCCCCUCCCUUCAGUCCCACACAUUUCACUGCGGUUGCUGUGCCAGUGCACUGCUGGGGUUUUUGUUGCUGCUGGCCACAGUCAAACUAAAAACUGGAUUGCCUCUCGAGCACUUGGGGGUCUGGAUUUUUUUGUCCAAGAUUACUGCCAUGUCCCUCUCUCCGUUUAUUUUCAACAUGGACAUUAAUACUUCAUCUCUUACUUGUGUGGUCAUCAGCCACGUUGGAGAGGCCCUGCUGUUGUACUCUCAGAGAGACUCUCAGUCGGGAUGAGAUAAUUGCAGCCCUCCGGAUUAACCCGCGACUUGCACUGCAUAAAGAGAUUUAUUUUCUUGGAAAAAAAAGUAUUUUAUUUUUGCACAUUAUUUUUGUAAUUUCUCAUCUGUGCGCUGACAAUCUGCCGACCAAAUAAAAUAAUCUAUUGUGUAAAUAU